AUGGAGAACAUUUACUCUGACAUCGACAGCUCCAACUGUGACUACUCAUACGAUGAGGACUCUCGCAGCAGCACCCAGGACGCAUCCCCUGCGUGCUCGGUUGACUCAUCCUUGAGUGGCAUGCAGGAGGCAUGCUCCGAGCCACAGCAGAAGAAGAGGCGCAGGGGGCGGGCGAGGAACGAAACCACUGUGCGUGUCGUCAAGAAGAAUCGCCGUGUGAAGGCGAACGACCGCGAGAGGAACAGAAUGCACAGCCUAAACGACGCCCUGGACACGCUGAGGACCGUGCUCCCUGCUUUUCCCGAUGACACCAAACUUACCAAGAUUGAGACAUUGCGCUUUGCCCAUAACUACAUCUGGGCUCUCUCAGAAACCAUAAGGAUUGCAGACCAGACCAAGACCAAGCCCAUGGACACCACGCUUCUUCUGUCAUCUCUAGGUUGCGUGGCGGAUGCCCCAAGUCCUGGGAGCGAAGCUUGCUCCUGGUCGUCCAGCGCGUCCUCCUCGUCAUCUCCUUCGUCCUGCACUUCCUAUCCAAGCAGCCCCGCAACUAUGGAUGACUAUGGAUAUUUGCAAAAAGAUGUCGUUUACGGUUUUCACAACUUCGUCCCCAGCGUCUACUAA